GUGUUGACCAUGUCAGUAUUCAGCUGGACUUGGAAACCAUGUUUCAGUUCAGCCACCUUAUCCUGACUUUCAAGACUUUUCGUCCUGCCUCCAUGUUGGUGGAACGCUCUGCAGAUUAUGGUCAAACCUGGAAGGUGUACAGAUAUUUUGCACAAGAUUGUGCUGCUUCUUUUCCUGACAUUCCUUCAAGACCAGCCAGAGCAGUUGGAGAUGUCGUUUGUGACUCCAAAUAUUCAGAUAUUGAACCGUCAACUGAAGGGGAAGUUAUUUUCAAAGUUCUGGAUCCCAGUUUUGAAAUAGAAAAUUCUUAUGGCCCAUACAUCCAAGAGCUGGUUGCAUUUACAAAUCUGAGAAUCAACUUUACAAAGCUUCACAUGUUGGGAGACACUUUAUUAGGAGAAAAGCAACACGAUUCUCUGGAAAAAUACUAUUAUGCGCUUUAUGAAAUGAUUGUUCGUGGAAGCUGCAUUUGCAAUGGUCACGCCAGCCACUGUGGCCCAGGGCAAAAUCUGCGAGGAGAUGUUUUCCAUGAGGCUGGGAUGGUCCAUGGAAACUGCCUCUGUGAGCACAACACAGAUGGUUUGUCCUGUGAAAGAUGCAAAGAUUUCUACAAUGAUAUUCCCUGGAGGCCAGCUGAUGGAUCCCAGGAAAAUGCUUGCCAAAAAUGUGAAUGCAACGGUCAUUCUGAAAGUUGCCACUUUGACAUGGCAGUGUACCUUUCUAAUAAUCGUAUCAGUGGUGGAGUUUGCGAAGACUGUCAGCAUAACACAGCGGGGCAACACUGUGAUCGGUGCAAGCCUUUCUUUUAUCAGGAUCCCCAAAAGACAAUGGCAGAUCCUCAUGCGUGUGUCCCCUGUGACUGUGAUCCAGAAGGCACUCUGUAUAAUGGGCUGUGUGAGAGUCAUUCAGACCCUCCUCUUGGAACCGUUGCUGGCCAAUGUCCUUGCAAGAACAACGUCGAAGGAGUCCGUUGUGACAAGUGCAAGCCACACUACUAUGGAAUAAGUGGAAGCAAUCCCCUUGGCUGUCAGCCCUGCAGUUGUGACCCAGCUGGGAGUUUGCCUUUCUCUGUCUGCGACCCAGUGUCUGGAGAGUGUCUAUGCCAGGAAUUUGUCACUGGACAGCAUUGUGAACACUGUCUUCAGGGAUACUGGGGCCUUGGAAGUCACGUCUAUGGAUGUUCCCCUUGUGACUGUGACAUUGGUGGUGCCCACAAUAAUUUGUGCACACCAACCGAUGGACAGUGUGACUGCCGACCUAAUAUAGUAGGCCGUCAGUGUACUCAACCAGCUGCAGGCUACUUUUUCUUACCUUUGGACUAUUACAUAUAUGAAGCAGAAGAUUCAACACCACUCCUUGGAGCUCUACCCUUGGUUCAACCCACCACCAUGCCACGCUGCGAUGUCUAUUUUCAGCAACGAGGCUAUGAUUUCACAAUUGAAAAUGGAAAAAUCAUCCUGAAGAGGAAUAAGAAAAAGGGCAUCAGGAAACAAACAGUUGGACAAAAUUCAGUCCCAUUUGGCAGAAACCCUGCUCUGAAUAUUGUUAUUAAAGAGGCCAUUCCUGGAAAACCUGUGACGUGGUCAGGACUGGGUUUUGCACGGGUGCAGAGCAGAGCAGGAUUACGUUUUCUGAUCAACAACAUUCCGUUCCUGAUGGAGUUUAAUAUCAUAAUUCGCUAUCAGCCAGAGACUUCAGCUGACUGGACAGCAACCAUUGUUGUUAAGUCUUCUGGUCCUGUAGGAAGUGAACAUUGCAAGAACCAAAUUGCCCUGGAAGAACCACAGUUCCUUGUUCUACCAUCCACAAUGAGAAUGCAGUUGCUAUCCACUCCUAUAUGCUUAGAACCCAGGGCAGAAUAUUUUGUAGAUGUCUAUUUUUCCAAGACUUCAGACCCUGAACCAAAGUCUCAAUCAUCCAUACUGGUUGAUUCAAUUGGACUCAUUCCUGUAAUCGCUUCUGUGGAAAACUUUUGUGAUCAAAAUGAUUUAGAGGAGUACCAGCAGUACCAUUGCAUUGAACGUGCCUCAGAAAUCGGGCCACACAUCUUACCAGAAUCGUGCAGAAAACUAAUAGCAAGUUUGUCUGCCCGUAUUCACAACGGUGCAGUCCCCUGCAGGUGUCACCCACAAGGUUCUCUAAAUUCUCACUGCACAAAACUUGGAGGCCAGUGCCAAUGCAAACCUAAUGUGGUAGGACACUGUUGUGAUAAAUGUGCAGCUGGAAGCCACAGCUUUGGACCCCAAGGUUGUCUUGCAUGUGAAUGUCAUCCUCAAGGAUCAGUAAGUGCCCUGUGUGACCAGCUGACUGGGCAGUGUUCUUGCCGCCCGGAAGUCGAUGGCCAGCGGUGCAAUCAAUGUCUAGCUGGAUAUUUUGGGUUUCCUCAUUGUCGUCCUUGUCCUUGCAAUGGCUUUGCAGAACUUUGUCAUCCACAGACUGGAUCAUGUUUGAACUGUACAAGGUUUACCACUGGAUCUAACUGUGAAAGGUGUUUAGAUGGAUAUUAUGGAAAUCCUCUCAAAAGAGAUCCUUGUCGUCCUUGUAUGUGCCCAGAUUCCCCAACCAGCAAGAGAUAUUUUGCACAUUCCUGUUACCAAGACUCUUGGACCAAGCUAUUAAUUUGCAAAUGUUUUGUGGGCUAUUCAGGUGAUCACUGUGAUGAAUGCCUCAGUGGGUUCUUUGGGAAUCCAAGGGUAACAGCAGGUCAAUGUCUUCCUUGUUCCUGUAAUAACAACAUUGACUUGGCAGACCCAGCCUCUUGCAACAAGGACACUGGAGAGUGUUUAAAAUGCUUAUACAACAGUCAUGGACCAAACUGCCAAUUCUGUAAACCUGGUUAUUUUGGAUCAGCACUUCUGAGGAACUGUAGAAAAUGUAACUGCAACCUUUUGGGUGUGAACCCAACAAAAUGCCUGUCAGGAAAUGACUUUUGCCCAUGUGACCAGACCACUGGCAAGUGCCCUUGUUCACCUAACGUGAUAGGCAAGAAGUGUGACCGAUGUGCUCCUGGCUACUGGAACAUGGUCCAGGGAAUAGGAUGUCUCCCCUGCAACUGCAAUCCAAAACAUUCCCCAAAUAACAUUUGUGAUCAGCUUACAGGUCAGUGUCCAUGUAAGUUAGGUUAUACAGGAAGACAUUGUGAUAUCUGUGCUGAAAAUUAUUAUGGCAUCCAUUGCAUUGAAUGUAAGUGUAACAAGGAUGGAAGUCUGAUACCUGCAUGUGAUAAAGACACGGGCGUGUGCCACUGCCGGCGUGGGGUCUCUGGAAAACUCUGUGAUCAAUGUGCUCGCAGUCACCACCAGGAAUUUCCGUCCUGUUCCCGCUGUCAUGUUUGCUUUGAUCAGUGGGAUAACAUGAUGAUUUCUUUAUCUCGGAGAAUCCAAAAAUUGCUGAAAUUUACUGUAGCACUAGCAGAUAAGAGGAAAGCGAUGCCUGGCUGUGAUUUAAACAUUAAAGGCUAUGAAAAUAAAAUUUCUGAAAUGGAAAAAAUCUUGAAAAGCCCACUCCUGUCAUCCAAGGCACUCUUGAAUAUCGAAAAAGAGCAUGACAAUAUUAGACAAACAGUUUCUCACAUGUUUAUGCAAUCUGGCUCUCUGGAUCAGUUUCCUGAUCUCCAUGGUAUAACUGAAAACUUACACAAAGAUGUUGACAAUCUCUCCGAAACCCUGCAGAAGAGAACAGAACUGCAUCACAGGAUGGAAUACUUGCAAUUGCAGGAUUUUUUCAGCAAAAUAAAGAAUUAUUAUCAAAUAAUGUUGUCUGCUGAAGAGAGAAUCAAUGAAACAAAAUCUAUCAUAGCUCAUGGAGGAAAAACAAGGAACAAUGUGUUUGCCAUGCUAGAUGAUCUGGACAUAAAGGAAAACAUUACACUGAACCAACUGAAGAAGUUCACGAUUUCAGAUAUUCAAAAUCUAAAUGAAAAAGUGUGUGGAAUGCCAGGAAACUUGUCGUGUGCCGUGGCAGAGUGUGGCGGGGCUUUAUGUCGCAACAGGCAGGGCAACAAACAUUGCGGCGGUCCAAACUGUAAUGGAGCGCUCCCUCUUUCUAUCAACGCCUUUAGAAAGGUUGAUCAAACAGCCCUGCUGCUAAGUAACCUAACCAAUCAGACGCAAAGAUCUCAGAAUAAGAUCAAAAAUAUAAGAAAAAUGACUGACGAUACUAAGAAGAAAGCCUUGGAGAUACACGGAAAACUGGAGAAACAUAAAUAUCAAAUAGAAAACAAAGGAGAAAACAUCAAAGACCUUAUCAAGAAACUGAGAAACUUUUUGUUAGAGGAGAGUGCCCCACCUGAGGAUAUAGAGAAAGUUGCAAAUUAUGUUCUGGGCAUCAAGAUGCAUGAAGUUCCUCAGGAGCUCCCAGACGUGCUCAACAAUCUCAAGAAUUUCAUGACACAUUGUGAGGACUCCACAGUAUAUACAAAAAACUUAAUGAAACAAAAGGAAGAGGCCCAGAGUCUUUUGAUGAAAGCACAAGAAACUGAGGAGAGAACAAAAGCUCUCGCAAAGCCCGAUGAAAUAAUAAGCGACUUGAAAGAAGUGGGAGAUGUUCAGCGGCAAACCCAAGACGCCUUGGCAAUUCUAAAUGAGAAACUAGAACAAACUAAAACAAGUAUUUCAGAGACUGAGAACCAAAUGAACAGGACUGCUACUGAGUUGCAGGCCUUUCCAGAAAAACUGUCCGUGCUGGCAGAUGAAAUAAAUUCCCUGAAGACCAAAAUGAAGAUGAAUAGAAUCCAAGCAACAAAUGCAAGAGCAAAGGCAGAAGAAGCACAAAAUCAAGCAACAGCAAGUAAUAAGGAAUCUGCUAAUCUUAAAAAAGAAUACAGCAGCUUGCAAGAAAAACUCCAGACCAGUGGACUUCCAUUAGAAACCUUGCAGAAACUGAACUGGUUGAAAAAAGAGGCAGAAGAAUUGGCCAAGGAGACUGCAGAGAAAGCAAAAAGAAUCACAGAUUUAGAAAAGAAGAUACAAGGUCUGAACCAGAUCAAACGAAAAAAAGCUGAUCAGCUGAAGCAACUGGAGGAUCAAGUUAUAGCUAUUAAAAAUGAGAUAUCUGAGCAAUCGAAGAGAUACGCUGUUUGUAAAAGUUAGACUCUAAGAAUUUAACGGAUCAGUUGGGAAUCACUGAACACCUCUAUGUAAAUGUAAUAAUGAUUAACAUUAUAUAAGUUGCAUUGUUAAUUAUAAUAUAAAGGUGGUACAGUAUACUGUGUUGUUAUUAUAUGGUGGAAAAUAGUCUUCAGUGUCCUUUAAUUCUAAGGGUAUAUUCACACUUACUGUUUAAGCUGCUGCUAUCAGGGGCUCAUGCCAGCUUAACUCUAGGCCAGUUUAAGAAAAUCUUUUCUAGGCUGAAACCUUUGGCAACAGCUUGUAAGGUACUGGACAAUAGACCAUCACAUCCUCCCCUGCUGAUGAGUCUCCCACCUUUCUGUUCCAGUGAAGCAAUUGCCCGACUCUUUCCUUCUUGUGAGCAGCUCCUCCCGGACAUAUACUUUCAUUUUAUACAUCUGCUAAUU